UGUAAGCAUUUCCCACAAAUUAAAAAGUACCUACAAAACUUUCAGAAGUUGUGUAGUGAUAAAAUCUCUCACCUCCAACGAGCUCUGAAAAGAGUGCUUCCCUCCAUUCGUGAAGGUAGAGCGGAUGAGAGCUCACUGAACGACGUUUUUGAUGACUUAGACAAGUCACCAUACAAUCUGGGAAAUCUUAGCAAGUGCCUUGACUAUAGAGAGAGAGAAAUCAACAUCAUCAGGUCAUUUUUAGGGAGGAUGGAGGGAAUAAAGAUUGUUCAAAAUAAGUCAGAAUUAGAUAGAGCAGUACUUGCCACAGGUGUAAAUCAUGCAUUUUGCUUUGUUUUCACCGGUUUGAAAGAUGCUGACCUCAACAUUGAUGCAAUGGCCAAUGAAGACCCAUGGUAUUAUUUAAACAAUACCUUGGAUCAUAUGAAAGAAGUAGCAGCCAUUUUCAUGGAUCUUUACAGAGCACACGAGAGCAGCACCCAGCUCUGUUUCCUUGUAGCAGCUAUACAACACCAGAAUUACAAAGGAGCCACCAUUUAUCAGUACAAGGAGGGCAGAAUGAUUACUGAUCAUUUUUCAAAGCCCAAGAUACGGGAUCCCAGAACUAUAAAAAAGCGAAGUCAUUUUCUUUGGAAUUACUGUCAUCUCACUCUGGACCCAGACACUGCAAAUAACUACCUCACUCUAUCUGAAGACAACAAGAAGGCAACAUGUGGGAAGUGGCAAACCUAUCCAGAUCACCCAGAGAGAUUUGAUAAGCAUACACAGGUUCUGUGCAAACAGCCACUGACUGGUCGCCACUAUUGGGAAGUAGAGUGGAGUGCUGGUUAUAUGCCGAGUGAUGUUCGCAUAGCUGUUGCAUACAAAGAAAUUGGAAGGAAAGGAAGAAUGGAUGAUUUAAAGUUUGGAUGUAACAAGAUAUCCUGGUAUUUUGGUGUGGAUAAAAGUGAAUCCUUUGUUCCUUUGAGAGACGCACUUUACAAGAUUGUGUCUAAAAUGAAAUUCUUCCCUUUUGUAGACAUGUUUUAUAAAAGGCUUGUUUGUUUAAUAGUAAUUUAA